CCACCAUCCGCUUCACCAUGUCUGAGCUGCUUGCCGACGACCCGGAGUGGGCUGGUGUCGUCCCAGUUCGCCAGUAUGAAAACGUGAACCCCAUCGCACCCAUCUUCUACAGCGAGGAGUACAAGGAUGCGACCGACUACUUUCGCGCCGUCGUCAAGACAGGAGAGAUGAGCCCGCGGGUGCUCAAGUUGACGGAGACGAUCAUUCAGAUGAACCCUGCACAUUACACUGCAUGGCAGCACCGGUACAAGACCCUGAUCGCGCUCAAGUCCGACCUGGAGGAGGAGCUGCGCCUGAUGGACGAUAUCGCGAAGCAGUUUAUGAAGACGUACCAGGUGUGGCACCACCGCCGGCUGCUGCUCACCGCGAUUAACUCGGUCGACGUCGCUGCGCUCGAGCUCGAGUUCCUCCGGGACGUGCUCGAGGCCGACUCGAAGAACUACCACACGUGGUCGUACCGCCAGUGGAUCCUCGCGCACUUCAACAACGAGGCGCGGCUCUGGGCGCGCGAGCGGGGGUACGCGGAGACCCUGCUGGACGCGGAUGUGCGUAACAACUCGGCGUGGCACCACCGCUUCUUCGUCGUAUUCGCGAGCGGGGUGAGGCUCGGGGACGAAGACCGCGAGCAAGUACGGAGAAGGGAGCUCGCGUACGUGAAAGAGCAGAUCGCGGUUGCGCCAAACAACGCGUCCGCGUGGAAUUACCUCCGGGGCGUGCUUGAGACUACUAGGACGCCCUUUGAAGAGCUCACAUCGUUUGUGGAGCCGUAUACGGCUUCCCAGCGGCCUGCGCCCGGCGAAGAAGUCGUCGAUCUCGACAAUCCGCUACCCACGGAGAGGGCGGAGCUUCCUUGCGUCGCCGCGCUGGAGUUCAUGGCGGAUGCGUACGAGAAGCGAGGCGGAGACUCGGUUCCGAAAGCUGUCGAGAUCUGGAAGGUACUCGCGAACGAGAAAGAUACCAUGCGCAAGAAGUACUGGGAAUAUCGCAUCCGGGAUGCUCUGCAGCAUUCUUGAAUCUCGCCCCGUCUCGUCAGGAGGAGCGCGCGACGCCAUUAGGACUGUUGUUGGGUAGGGAUCAGCAGUACGUCGCGCGCAUCCUGCCAACUGCUCGAAUUGAACUUGUUUGACUAGAGCAUGCUAGGUUGCAACGCAUCUGUAUGUUCAGCCUUUUGAUGGCUUGUAUGAUUAAGAAGAACACAAUAUAAAGA